AUUAUGAUUCAAUUGUAGGUAACAAAUUAUUGUAGCUAGUUGUUAUAUACUACAUUUAUUUUCUUAAAAAAAAAAAGCUUUUGAGAACGCACUGAAACACAGAUAUCAGAAACAUAAUCGAUAAACGAACGAUAACAGGUUAUCAGGACUGAUAAAGUCCUGUAGUUCCGCUGUAGGUAUCAGGGAGAUAUCAGUACACCAUCUAGGCGAUGUCUUAACAUCAGUUUAGCUCUAGUCUGUCCUGGCGAGAAUAAGAUUUAAAGUUUAGAUCUUCAAGUGUAACCUCACCUAACAAGGUAACAAAACUAUGGCGCAGCGCGGCUCCAUGGACGGGCCCAGCUGCAGGCGGCGGCUGUUCGCCCAGGGCGAGAGCGACCAGGGCGAGCAGGGCGAGGGCGACCAGGGCGAGCAGGGCGACCAGGGCGACAACCUGCACAACGAGCUGCGCGAACAGCUGAGGCUCGCGAGCCAGGCCGCCGCGCGCCGCUGGAACUUCGACUUCCAGCAGGAGCGGCCGCUGGAGGGGCCCUGGCAGUGGGAGGCGGUGGGGCCGCCGCCGCCGCCUGACGCCGCCCCCACCCCGCCCGCCCCCGCCCCGCCCGCCGCAGCUGAAGACACCCCGGGCCCAUAGCGCGUGUUUCCAACUCCCCGCCCUUCUCCGCAUUAAACAACCCUCCCUGACUGAAAAGUCGGCUCGCGGCUUAUUACUGGAGCCGCGAUCUCUUUCGCUGAUUCAUUGCGCAGCCGAGUAGACUCGAAGCACCUUCACUCGUAUCUGCUUCACGUCCGUGAUUCGAACCAUGAGCCACUUGUAAACAAGGAGGAGAAUCACGUGUAACCCGCCAAAGGAAAGUGACCUUGUUGUCACAAGUGGGAAAUUAAAAAAAAAAAAGGCCCUAUUAUACACCAGCUAGCCUGGAGUGAAAUGAAUCAGGAAAAAAUCGUGGCUCUAUUUGUUAUGUGUAAUUAAUCAUGUCUGGUUGUUAGUUUAUUUCACUUUCUUGUCAUUAAGAAAUUUCAAUGCAUAUUAUUUAGUGGCGAAGAAAAUGUUCGUAAUUAUUGGUUACUUACGUGAACUUUCACAGGUCCAAAAUAACUUUUAUUAAAUGAUUUGAUAUGGUUAUUUCCCAACGGAUUGAAGACGAGUUAUAUCGGAAUGAAUUUACAGUAAAAAUACAUUAAUUUAAUAUUAAUGACAAGAAAAUGAUUUAGUUACUUCGGCGUAUGAGACCGACCCUGUAAACUGGUCAUAAACACUUACACUCCGGCGAGGCACAGCUGUCGGUCCAAGUUUGGCAAGGGAACAUGUGAAGGUCAGAGUUAUUCAACGGCUCCCACCUUUUGUAAUUUUUUUUUAAUUUCCAGAAAAAGUAUAUAUAUAUAUUUCAUUUCUAAAUAAAUAUUAACUUGAUUUUAUAUAUAUAUAUAUAUAUAUAUAUAUAUAUAUGUGUGUGUGUGUGUGUGUAUAUAUAAAUUCAAAACGUCGGUAUCAAAAAAUUUAGUAAAACAUAAUAUUUAUGCUUACACUCAAUGCUAUAAGUAACUAAUGUAAUAGAAUUUGAAACAUGAAACUAUCAAUUGUAAUCAAACAUAUAGCUUUACAAUUUUUCAAAUAUGAAAGUCUCAAAAACGUCUGUACCUCCGAGAGUUAUUAAAUUUUUCGAUAUGUUGAAUUAAUUGUUGAAACAUAAAUUAAUUUUUUUAAAUGCGACAUGAAUUUUGAUAGUAACAGUAGUCAAUGUGAAAAAAGUCUUUAUAGACUUCAAACAAGAGCGAGCCAUUUUUUUUUGCUAUUUUUACCAUUGAACGACAGUGUUUCUACGGGCCUUAAGCUAUGUAGGAUCACAGAGCCAAAGCCAGACCCAUAGUUGAAUUCAGCCCAGCUGAGACUUUUACCGAGACAAAUAUAGCCUGUGGAGAUUUCCCGGCAGGCUUAUUCCUGGGUCUUUACCUAAGCCCUUAAAGAGCCACAUGAAAUUGAUCUUUUAAUGGCAUAUUUUGCUAAAUAUGCAUUCAUUACAAAUAAAUCGUAUGAUACACUUCUGGUCUAUAGAGCAUGUCGGUCGUUUAUCUUGCAGGUUGUUGACAAAAUGUGAAAAAGGAGAUAUUAAAUAUAUAUGUUUUUUGGUUGUUUUGUGGCAAUAAAUCUUAGUUUUAUCAAAGCAUACGUACCUAAACAAGUGUAAAACGACACAAUAUAUGUAGUGUUUCACUUCUUAACUAGUGCAUCACAGGGACAGGUGUGGUAGUGUAGCAAAACUUAAUUAUUCUAUAUUCUCAGUAUUUUGCAUCAUGUGUACUCCUAGUCACGAGUAACCUAAAGUGUAAUUAUUGUUCAGCUUCCUUUAACUUUUCUGUUUGAACCGACAGUGAGGAAUCGAGACAGGCGCCUCAUCAAAGGUUCAUGCGAAAUUAACAAAACCUAGAUUGAACUGGGUGAUAUGUAUCUUACUUUAUUUAACUAACACAUAAAUAAAAUGUAAUAUAAUUUUGUUAUAAUUGUUGAAUAUUUUAUUUUGUACAUUACAAUUUUUAUAUUAUAUUAGUAUAAUUUUAUGUAUUUGUGUCGUUUUUGGUGUUUUAAGUAACACCAAAGCCUACAUGCUAUAACUCCAAAGAUAUGAUGUAUUUAUAGAAAAUGUAUUUAUGAGUGUGUUUUCGACGUAAGACGUGUCUGUGUUCAUAGUACUUAGAUGGAAGAGUGCAGUGUGCUCAUGUAAGUGUGUUGUGUGCGUGCACAUGACGUGUAAGUGAAAUAAACGUGUUCCUCUCUGUAACUGACAGCACAUCUCGUGCUGUUGAGGUUUUCAUUUGUGUUGUCCUCAGUGCGGGAGCUGACAGACAGCUGACGGCUGCUGCACAGUCGCUAACUGUAUGUCACCUCAAAAAAUUGUGGGAUUAGUGAGUUGACUUUGAAAUAUAAAAACUAAUGACUCUAA